AUGGAAGAUCACUACAGCCCGGUGUCCAAUUGUGAAAGUCAGGAUGAACUGACUACGGCCAUACACAAAUACAUGGACAUCAUGCGUUUUCACGAUGUUGAGAACGUACUGGACAACAGUGAUUUAGAUGAUGAUCUUCAAAAUUUGCUGGAAAACAAAUCGAGAGCUGAAUUGGAAAGUAUAAUUAUUUCUCUUGUUAACGUACUUGAGAUGGCGCGUAAAUCCCUUCAUAUACUUCCAGUAUUUCCCAAGACGAUGCCUUUUCGUAGAGAAAUUGAAGUAUGGAGUUUAAGGACAACAACGUCUAGUAUACAAAGUAUGGAACACAGACCUGUUGUAGAGACAUCCACAGUAAUAAAAAGCAUUGAUGAUGACGGUAACAAAGUUAUCAAUUCUUAUUCUAUUCUUUCACUUAUUGGUCAUGGUUCAUAUGGAAAAGUAAAGUUGGGAAUCAAUCAUAAAACUGGGGAAAGAGUGGCUAUUAAAAUUAUUCCCAAAAGAAAGGUUCGAAUUGGAAGACCAUCCUAUGAUAAAUUUCUUGAUAGUGAGAUAGAAAUAAUGAAAAAGGUUCGACACCGUAACUGUAUCUCUUUACUAGAGGUUAUUAAUGAUCCUAAAUCAGAAUCACUUUAUCUCAUUAUGGAAUAUGUAAUGCAUGGUCCUAUUGCACGUGUUGAAGAAUGGGAUUUGAGUGAAAAGGGAGAAUUAGAAAAUUCUGAAUUAUUAAAAAUGGUUGCGCGAAAUGGUAAACUCAUGGGUUGUGAACCAUUAGCUCAAUCAAAAUGUCUUGUAUAUUUACGACAACUUCUCAGUGGAUUACAUUAUCUACAUAAACAUAAUGUAAUACAUCAUGAUAUCAAACCGGAUAACAUUCUUUGUGAUUGUAAUAACCGUGUAUGUAUUUCAGAUUUCGGUGUUAGUGAAAUAUUGCUGCAAUCAACGGAUAAUAAGGAAAAUCCAUUGAAAUCACAUCUUGGUGGUGGUACACUUCUCUACACAGCCCCAGAAGUCUUUGAAGCCUCUUCCAAUCACCCUUCCAAUCCAUUUUUCUUUGAUGUCUGGACACUUGGUAUUACUUUAUAUCUUAUUCUGGUGGGAGUGGCCCCUUUUAAUGGAUGUACAUAUUAUGAGAUUAUGAAGGAGGUUAAACACACGGAACUUCCAUGGAAUGGAAAGAACAUUUACGGUACAGAGAUUGACGCAGGAUGGAAAACUCUUCUGGACGGUAUGUUGGAAAAAGACCCUCAAAAUCGAUGGAGCCUGAAGAAGCUUAAACGAUUUGUUGAUAAUGAAAUGAAAAAGGAACAAAACAGUCCAUUAAUACAUUUUGAGACCAUAGAAAGCAUUAAUGAGCAGGAGAGUCCAUUUGAUCAAAACUCUUCUUUACGAAGGAGCAUUGAGGGAGAAGAACAGGUGCGGUUAUCACAGAGACGCCAAAGAGCUUUUACGAUUACUCCAGUCGAACUAAAACAUGAUUUAGAGAAUACAGUGCCUUCUAGGAUAAGAGGGGGAAGUGAUGAUUUUGAAUCUUUUUGUGCAUGA